CCACACACUGAAUAGUUUACUCCUCCUCUGUACUUUUUCUGCCUGCUUUGAGGGGCUGAGGGUAGUGACUCCAGGGUGAGUAAGUGUGGAUUACUGACCGUGGGCAUGCCUGCUGCAAGACCCUGUGUGAGCUGCUGAAGAUCAGAUGUUGAACAAGAUGUCUUCGCUUGGACUGUGGCUUGGUGUGCUGGUGGGCCUGUGCAUCGGGCACUCACAUGGAUGGUUUUGGUAUGAUGACUCAAAGCACAACAGCAAGAGCACUCCAACACCAGCCUAUGUGACUACUUUAGGCACAACUCUUCCAACAACUGUACCUACAAGUAAACCCUUGAGGACAGAAGGCACAGAUGCUUCCGGUGUGGAUGUCCUUGCAAAGGGUGAGGAGAUGGGGAGUGGAGGGGGAUCUAGAGUUGGUUCAGCCUUGAAUGAGCAGUCAAAGCCUGAGGUAGAACAUGGUUCUGUGUUAAAUGCUGACUCUGGAUCUGGAUCAUGGGCUGUUUCUGUGCCUGGCGUUGACCCUGAAUCUGGGCCUACACUUAAACCUGCCAAUGGGUCCCCUCUGUGGGAAAAUCAGGAAGUCAACAAUGUUCAAGCCAAUUUAUCUAUUGGUAUGGAUAAUAACCAUGUUCUUGCGGCGGAUACUGAGCUGGAGAAGAAUCUGACGAAAGUGGAUCUCUCUCAAAUGGAUGAAGACCGUGGAAAUGUUUCCGCUUCACCUGAUGACCCCAUUACGACAGUUUCGCUCUCACAGCUGAUUGGUUACCCUCUUCCUGAAGGCGUCACCAAAAGUUAUGACCCAGACUCUUCAGGCUUUGUGUUCGAUCAGAACUCCAAGACCGGUCAGCUGGCCCGUGCGCACCUGCCCACAUCUUUUUUCCGUGACUUCUCCCUCCUGUUCAACGUGAAGCCCACUUCCACCAAAGCUGGAGUCAUCUUCUCAAUCACUGACACCAACCAGAAAAUCAUGUAUGUGGGGGUGAAGCUUUCAGCCGUGAAGGACGGAAAGCAAAAAAUUGUCCUGUUCUACACUGAGCCAGACUCCCAGGCAUCCUAUGAGGCUGCAAGCUUCACUGUUCCCUCCCUUGUCAACUACUGGGCUCGUUUCUCUAUCAGUGUGUUGGAUGAUAAAGUCACCCUGUACCCCAGUUGUGACUCCGAGCCCAAGGUGCUCCCCUUUGAGCGUUCUCCAGAUGAAAUGGAGUUGGAACCAGGAGCCGGGAUCUUUGUGGGUCAAGCUGGAGGAGCUGAUGAUGAUAAGUUUGUGGGUAUUAUUGGAGAUUUGAAGGUGGUUGGAGACCCCCAUGAGGCUGAACGGUAUUGUGAGGAAGAAGAGGAUGAUUCCGAUGGAGCCUCGGGUGAUUAUGGAAGCGGUGAUUACAAAAACAAGCACACAGUCUCGACCACAAGUCAACCUUCCAAUCCCCUACAGCAGCCACCAGUAAAACCUACUGUGGUAACAGUGAGCAAGGAUGUGCCCAAAGUGCUAGCAGUUGCAGGAGCAAAAGGUGAGAAAGGAGAGAGAGGACCCAAAGGAGACCGUGGUCCUGCGGGGCCCAAGGGGGAGGCAGGGUCCAUGACCGGAUCUGGAGGAGGUGCCAAAGGAGAGAAAGGCAGCCUAGGAGAAAAGGGAAUGAAGGGUGCUGCAGGAUUUGGCUAUCCUGGGGUAAAGGGUGAUCAAGGACCUCCUGGUCCACAAGGUCCUCCUGGUCCUCCUGGGCCCAGUGCUGACGUUGUGGAGAGGGGAGACGGCUCGGUAGUAGUACAAGGACCAAGAGGACCUCCAGGGCCAGCGGGGCCUGCCGGGCCUGAAGGAGAACCUGGUGACCCUGGUGAAGAUGGAAGUGCUGGACCAGCCGGACCACCUGGUUUCCCAGGAACCCCUGGAGAUCCUGGAGCUAAAGGAGAAAAAGGUGACCGUGGUGAAGGUCUUCCCGGACCCAGGGGACCACCAGGACUUCCAGGACCUCCAGGACCUCCCUCUCGCUCAGACAGCCCUACAUUUUUGGACAUGGAGGGCUCUGGCUUUGGUGAUCUAGAGGGUGUACGGGGAUUGCCUGGUAUUCCUGGUCCUCCUGGUCCACCUGGCCCACCCGGACCCCCAGGACCUGUAGGUCUCACUAAUGUUUCACAUGCUACUGUUUCUGGUGUGUCUGGACCUUCUGGUCCACCUGGAAAGGACGGCGCUCCAGGACAACCGGGACUUCCAGGUCUCCCUGGUACUGAGGGAAAACCCGGCCUGCCUGGCCCUAAAGGAGAGAAGGGUGAUACUGGCGAGCUCGGCUUACCUGGAGUUGUGGGAGAAAAGGGUGCACAGGGGAUUCCAGGUUAUCCAGGACCACCCGGACAGUCUGGCCUCGCUGGCCUUCCAGGACCAAUGGGACCUGUGGGACCACCUGGGCCUCCAGGGCCGAGCUACCAUGCUGGAUUUGACGACAUGGAGGGUUCAGGUGUAAACUUUUUCGGUGGCGUGCCUGGAGUCAGAGGACCUGAAGGCAAACAGGGUCCACCUGGUCUACCAGGUCAGCCUGGUAUACCUGGGCAGAAAGGAGAGAAAGGCAGCGAGGGGCUUCCGGGAACAUCUGGCCAUCCUGGACUUGAUGGAUUUCCUGGACCACAGGGACCCCAGGGAGAGCGUGGAUUUAAAGGAGAAAGAGGUGAUCCAGGUCGUGAUGGUGUUGGCCAUCCAGGCCUUCCAGGACCACCUGGACCUCCAGGACAAAUUAUCUAUCGGUCUGCAGAUGGUUCUGGCAUCCCUGGUCAAGCAGGAUUCCCAGGACCAAUGGGACCGAAGGGUGAGAGAGGAGACCCAGGUGCUCCAGGAAAUGGCAUUAAGGGUGAGAAAGGGGAACCUGGUGUGGUUAUUGGACCUGAUGGAAGUCCUCUAUUUCUUGGUGCGACAGCUGGGCAAAAGGGGGAGAGGGGACCUGCUGGAUCAGUUGGACCUCCUGGACCAUAUGGUCCUCCCGGCAUGAAGGGUGAGAUCGGAAUGCCAGGCAGGCCUGGUCGGCCAGGUAUGCUUGGAAGUAAAGGAGAAAAAGGAGAGUCGGGCUCAGGAUACAGUUAUCCUGGUCCACCUGGGCCUCCAGGUCCUCCAGGUCCCCCAGGACCCCUAGCAUACCCUUCAGCUGUGGACAGAUUUGGUAGAUAUGAAGACUCUAGAACAGUGUACCCAGGUGCGAAAGGAGAGAAGGGAGACCGUGGGGUCCCUGGUCUUCCUGGGACACCAGGCAACUUUGACAUUUACACUCUGAAGAACGAGCUGAAGGGUGAGCGUGGAGACACAGGACUGAAAGGAGAGAAGGGUGAGCCAGGUGGACAGUACGGUUCUCACUACGGAGGCGUGCAGGGACCACCAGGACCUCCUGGUCCUCGUGGAGAUUCAAUCAGAGGGCCUCCUGGUCCACAGGGUCCACCAGGACCUCAGGGUGUUGGUUAUGAUGGCCGUCCAGGAAACCCAGGACCACCAGGACCUCCCGGGCCACCUGGUUCACCCUCAUUACCUGGUGCCCACAGACCUACAGUCAGCAUUCCUGGCCCUCCUGGUCCUCCUGGUCCACCUGGGUUGCCUGGCCAGAAUGCUGGAGUGACAAUACUGAGAACAUUUGACUUAAUGCUCGCAACAGCACAGAGACAACCAGAGGGUGCUCUCAUCUACAUAAUGGACAAAAGCGAUCUCUAUGUCAGAGUGCGUGAUGGCGUCAGACAAGUCAUGCUUGGGACUUAUAACCCCUUCUAUAGAGAUUCACACAAUGAGGUGGCAGCGGUACAGCCUCCCCCAGUAGUACAAUACUCACAGAGCCACUCAGCAAAUAAUGGAGCAGAGCAUUACUCCCAUGUUGUUGACUCUCCAAUCCGGCAGCCAGAUAGCCACGGGAGCGAGCAUUCUCAGCCAGCCAUUGAUCCACAGUACAACACACACUACUCCUCACACCCAGACACCAGGUACCCACCUCACCCGGACCACAGAUUUCCGGCACGCACUGAUCAACCGUACAUCCCUGUACAGCCAGAGAGGUAUCCCAUCCCCCCGGUCCUCAGACCCAGCACACCCAUCCAUCAGCCUGAGGGUCAUGUACACACAUCGGGACCAGGGCUGCAUCUGAUCGCCCUGAACAGCCCUCAGGUGGGGAACAUGAGGGGCAUCCGUGGCGCAGACUUCCUGUGCUUCCAGCAGGCACGCGCUGCCGGCCUGAAGGGAACAUUUAGGGCUUUCCUGUCCUCCAAACUGCAGGAUCUCUAUAGCAUCGUUCGCAAAUCUGACAGAAACACACUGCCCAUUGUCAACCUCAAGGACCAAGUGCUGUUCAGCAGCUGGGAAUCGCUGUUCGGUGAUUCAGAGGGCAGGUUGAAGACCAGCAUACCCAUAUAUUCAUUUGAUGGCAGAGAUAUCCUCAGGGACAGUGCUUGGCCAGAGAAGAUGAUCUGGCAUGGCUCCAGUGGUAAGGGUCACCGUCAAAUGGAUAACUACUGUGAGACGUGGAGGACGUCGGAUCUCGCCGUGAUGGGUCUGGCCUCAUCUCUGCAGGCUGGCCAGAUCCUACAGCAGAAACCCAGCAGUUGCUCCAACAACUUCAUAGUGCUGUGUAUCGAGAACAGCUACAUCACACAGUCUAAGAAGUAAAUGAUCCAUCAGUCCUAUAUAGUGCAGACCACAUUAGGUUAACUGUCUGGGCAGAUUUUAAAUUUUUUCCAAUUUUCUACCCUGUUUAUAACAUGAAAAACAAAAAGAAAUUUAAAAGACAGGGCCUGGGUCUGCAUCGCAGAGAGGCUGCCCGCUGUCCUCUGGUUCCUUUUAUAAUGCCAACAAGACAGGCUGUUGGUGCUGUCUCCCGGCAUUGGCACAUAUUUUCUAGGAGGGGUUUGAACCAGAGAGGACAGGAAAUGCAGAGAGGCAGGGUUUUCAAUUGUAUUUUCCAUAUAAAAUUGUAUAUGACAUGUUUGUUGUUCCUGUUCGUUUUUAUGUUUCUUUAUUAAAAAAAUGUCUUAAGUGGUAUAUUUAACCAAGUUUUAGCUACAUAUUUUUGUGUAACACUGUUUUUCAUUUAUUGCUUCAUUUUCAUUUGAGGAUUUUUGAAAAUUAAGGGGCAGACAUGUCUAAAACCAUUUUAGAUUUUACAAAGAGAGUAAAUAUUUAUUUUGUGCUAAAAACAAGCAAACAAAAAAACCUAAAUCAUGAAUUUGAAACAUAGAAUACUGUUUUAUUCUAUUUUAGCCAGCACUUUUUUGCAGGAUAUGGCUUGUAUAUACAUAGAUAAAAGUGUGAACCUAAAAUAGGCUUUUCCCAAAACAUGCCCACAAAAGACUAGUUUUGUGAUGCCUUGAAUAUUUCAGUAUUUAGCCCCUGAAAUAUGUUUUUUACUGUAUUUUUUUUUUUCCAAACAAAUGUCUAUUGUAUGUAGACUAUGGGAUCAAAAUUAUAUGAAAUAUGAUCAGUGGAAAAUUAAUGUGGACUUUAUUCUCUGUGUUAAUGUUUUUGUUCAUUCCAGACCAUUUAUACAGGAAAUGUUUUAAAAAAAAAAAAAAAAAAAAAAAAAAAAAAGUCUCCAGUAUAUUUCAGAGAACAAGGUGCUUUUAAUUGAAAAUCAGUACUAUCUCAAACUACCGUCAUUCACCACUCAUUCAGUUGCUGCUUGCUGAAAAUUUGACAUGUACGUUCAGUACAGAGAGUAAUUUAUGAAAUGACGUGCUUUUAGAAUACGUCUGUCUGAAAUCUCAAACGCUAACUCUACUGUAGAGGUGGUGAUAUUAUAAGUAUGGCCCUGUGGAACUCAUAUCCUUUUUGUAACUGUUAUGUGCUUCACAAUUUUUACAUGGCACUGAAUAAAUGAUUUUUCACCAUUCACAUGAAAAAAAAAAACAU